AUGGACGACAACCUUCGAAAAUGUCACUUGUCAGUUGGUGGUAUGACCUGUUCUUCUUGUGUUGCUCAUAUAGAGAAGUUUGUCAGUGGAAAAAAAGGUAUGAAAAAGUUUCUGGAAUUUUAAUUUGAGGUGCUAGUUCGACAGUUUUAAGUUCUAUUAUUUAGGUAUAAGUUCUAUAACAGUUUCGCUGAUGUUCAUGUCGGCUGAUGUUAUUUAUGACAGCCAGGAGACCAAUGCAGAAGAAAUUGCUGAAAUAAUCGACGAUCUUGGCUAUGAAUGCCAUGUUAUUGAUGAAGCCGUCUCUUCUAACCAUAAGCAAAAUUUUUUGGUAGGUUGUCUAUGAUAUUGAGCGUAUUCUGCGUUUAGAUAUCAGGAAUGACAUGCGGAUCUUGUGUAAAACGAGUAGAAUCUCACAUUCUGGCCAUGAAAGGAGUCGAAAGUUGUUUGGUCUGUCUUGCUACAGGUAUUGCAACAGUUGAGUAUGUAAAUUCAAUAAUUGGACCGAGAGACAUUAUCGACAGAAUUGAAGUAAGUUACCGAUGUACAAAAGGCACGCCAAGCUUUUCUAACCUUGUAUUUAGAUUUUCGAAGCUGUAAGAUAUAUAAUUUUAAUGUUUUUCCUGUUUUCAGAGUUUAAACUACAAAGCUAGCGUAGCUUCGAGUGAAGAUAGAUUGGAAAAACUGAGUCAGAAAGCAGAGAUACUAAAGUGGAAGACAUCAUUUUUGGUGUCUCUGAUAUUUGGUAUACCUGUAAUGAUGGUUAUGAUAUAUUUUCAUUGGAUUAUUCAAUCGCCCAUGCAUCCGGAAAGACAAGUUCAUGUUCUGGUUAAAGCUUUGUCUUUGGAUAACUUGGUUUUGUUAAUGUUGUCAACGCCUGUUCAAGUAAGUUAUUGUUCGUUUUUUUGCAUUUACUUAGUUUAAAGCAUAAUAUUUAAAAUGGUAAUUAUAAGUGCAUCGUUAAGUACUGUUGUUUUAGAUAUUUGGAGGUAGAUCGUUUUAUCAACAAAGUUGGAAAGCUGUAAAGACGGGAACGGCCAACAUGGACGUAUUAGUCACAUUAGCCACUUCAAUAUCUUUUGGUUACUCUGUUGCCAUACUUGUUAUAGCCAUUCUGUUAAGUUGGGACUCUAGCCCGAUGACUUUCUUUGACGUUCCACCAAUGUUGUUAGUGUUCAUAUCGUUAGGAAGAUGGUUGGAGCACAAGGCCAAAGUAAGUUAUUAAAAAUUAAGUUAUCGCCUAAUUCUUACUGUUAGUUACUAAAAAAUGAAAGGUAAAGAUUAUGAUUAUGGCAAAAUCUGUUUAGGGGAAGACAUCAGAAGCGUUGAGUAAAUUGAUGUCGAUGCAAGCCAAGGUAGCUACGUUGGUUACAUUGGAGAACGACGAGGUUAAAAGUGAAAAGAGCAUUAAUAUUGAGCUGGUUCAACGUGGAGAUUAUAUUAAAGUACUGCCAGGCGAGAAGAUUCCGAUUGAUGGUACUGUAAUCUCUGGGCACAGUUCGGUAGAUGAAUCUUUUAUCACAGGAGAGAGCAUGCCUGUGGUCAAAAAGACUGGUAUGUUUGUUUUAACGUUCGGUUAUGGGUUAAAUGAACUUAUAGUAUUUCAUGUAUUUUUAAAAAACCAGUUUUUACUAUAUUGGUACAUUACAGGAUCAGCAGUAAUUGGAGGAUCAGUAAAUCAAUUAGGAGCUUUGAUAAUACAAGCUACACACGUCGGUCAAGAUUCUAUGUUGUCCCAGAUUGUACGAUUGGUUGAAGAGGCCCAGAGCUCUAAAGCUCCUCUUCAUCAGACGGCUGAUAAGAUUGCCGGUUACUUCGUACCAGCCGUAGUAAUGCUGACAAUUAUUACCUUCUGUGUAUGGUUGUUGGUGGGCUUGGCAACAUCAACCAGCGAGAACAGAGACUGGGAAUUCGUUAUCAGAAAGGCUUUUGAGUAUGCUAUCACAGUUCUGUCAAUUGCUUGUCCAUGUUCAUUAGGGCUGGCUACACCAACAGCCAUAAUGGUCGGAACUGGAGUUGGGGCUAAAAAUGGAAUUUUGAUCAAAGGAGGUGAAUCUUUGGAAACGGCUCAGCGAGUAAGUAAUUACUUUUCUUUGGCUUUUAUAUUUUAGUUUUUUAUAUUUUUAAGUUCUUAACUGCAUGAUUUCAGGUUAACACAGUUGUGUUCGACAAGACUGGCACUAUCACUGAAGGUAAACCGAGAGUGGUGAAAGUGUUACAGCUGUUAAACGCUGAUCAGUUAGAUUUUAAGAACUUGUUGGCUUUGGUGGGAUCUGCUGAAUCGAACAGCGAACACCCUAUUGGCUCCGCUUUGUCAUCUUUUUCAAAAGACGUAAGAUAUUACUUAUUCCCAUUUGAGUAUUUGUAUUUUUUAAGCUGUGCAAUCGUUUUUAAACUAUAUUUUCUAAAUGUUGCUACCUUUUAGUAUUUGCAAUGUCAAUCUUGGGCGUCAAUUUCUGGCUUUACUGUGUCAGCUGGACAAGGAAUCAAGUGUGAAGUGAGGAAUCUGAACAACGUCAACGGUCAGCUUUUGCCUUCUUUUGAAACAGAUGACAAGAUAACUUUGUCUCCGCAGAAGAAGAUGAUUCAAGGUAACGAGGUCGAGAUAUCUUCUCUGGUUAAUGUGACAUAUUCUGGCGACAACCUGGAUAAUCUUGAAGUAUAUUCUGUUCUGGUUGGCUCUGAGAGAUGGAUGGGGGCCAAUGGAGUGAUAGUUGAUGCUGUUGUUAACGAAGCCUUGGCAAAGGAACGAGAGAAGGGCAAUAUAUCUGUGUUGGUGGCUGUUAAUGGUAGGUAUUAAUUUAGUCUUUGUCCUCUUGACUUGAGUAUUAUAUAUACACUUUGAAUAUUAUGGCAAUUUCAGAAAACGUCGCAGCUAUUUUUUCUAUUGCUGAUCAAGUAAAAAAAGAAGCCAUGGUUACAGUAUACGCCCUUAAGAAGAUGGGUAUUGAUGUUGUUUUACUGACGGGAGAUAACGAGAAAACAGCCAUAGCUACGGCCAAGAAAGUUGGCAUCAAAGAUGUGUUUGCUGAAGUAUUGCCAAACCAGAAGAAGGACAAGAUCAAUCAUCUUCAAAAACAGAAGAGGAUCGUAGCUAUGGUAGGAGAUGGAGUCAACGAUAGUCCAGCUUUGGCUGCCGCUAACGUUGGGAUAGCUAUUGCAAGUGGCAGUGAUGUUGCUAUCGAAAGUGCUGGAAUUGUCUUGAUUAAAGUAAGCGUUUUUGUCAGUAUGUUAAUAUAGAGAAUUUUAUUUUUUUAAUUCUUUUAUUAAAUUUUUAAAAAAAUGUUUUUAUUUAUGGUUUCAGAACAACCUUGUUGACGUUGUUGGAGCUAUCAUGCUUUCGAUGAACACCGUACGACGAAUCAGAAUCAAUCUGUUCUUUGCCUUCGUUUACAAUACUAUUGGUAUUCCUAUAGCAGCCGGAGUAUUCAAACCUUUGGGGAUUUCAAUUCAACCAUGGAUGGCUGCCGCAGCUAUGGCAUUAUCAUCGGUAUCUGUAGUUUCUUCAUCGUUAAUGCUGAAGAAUUUCAAGAAGCCCACCUUCAACAGCUUCUCCGGCACAGCUGAAUACAAGAAGUUCCACAUCAAGGUGUCGCGAUCCCCUACCAAAGCCAAGAAGAUCGAACCAUUAGAAGAUGUUUUCUUGCAUUCAGAUGACGAGAACGACAGUAGCGCCGAAACCAAGCUUUUUGCCACCGUUUAG